AUGGCUCGCGUCUACGCCGACGUAAACCAGCACAUGCCUCGUGCAUACUGGGACUACGACAGCGUCAACAUCUCCUGGGGUGUUCUGGAAAACUAUGAAGUCGUUCGCAAGAUUGGCCGCGGAAAGUACUCGGAGGUCUUCGAGGGUAUCAACGUCGUCAACUACCAAAAAUGCGUCAUCAAGGUCCUCAAGCCUGUCAAGAAGAAGAAGAUCAAGCGUGAGAUCAAGAUCCUGCAGAACCUGAGUGGAGGACCCAACAUUGUUGGUCUGCUCGAUGUUGUGCGCGAUAGCCAGAGUAAGACUCCUUCCCUCAUCUUCGAGUACGUCAACAACACCGACUUCCGAAGCCUCUAUCCGAAGUUCGCCGAUAUCGAUGUCAGAUACUACAUCUUUGAGCUGCUCAAGGCUCUCGACUUCUGCCACAGCAAGGGCAUCAUGCACCGCGACGUCAAGCCUCACAAUGUCAUGAUCGAUCACGAGAAGAGAAAGCUGCGCCUGAUUGACUGGGGUCUCGCUGAGUUCUACCAUGCCGGAACAGAGUACAACGUCCGCGUCGCUUCGCGUUACUUCAAGGGUCCUGAGCUCUUGGUCGAUUACCAGGAGUACGACUACUCGCUCGAUAUGUGGUCCCUAGGUGCCAUGUUUGCUUCGAUGAUCUUCCGCAAAGAGCCUUUCUUCCACGGCAACAGCAAUUCUGAUCAGCUCGUUAAGAUCGCAAAGGUUCUGGGUACCGAAGAUCUGUUUGACUACCUGGACAAGUACGACAUUGAGCUUGACGCGCAGUACGACGACAUUCUGGGCAGAUUCCCGAAGAAGAACUGGCACAGCUUUGUCAACGCAGAUAACCAACGCUUUGAACGAUUGACCGCCAAAGAAGCUAUGGGUCACGCUUACUUUAACCCCGUCAAGCAGCAAGCCGCUGCGCAACAGAACUCGGGUACUGGACAUGCUUGA